CUAAAGUCUACUUGUAGCAGAUAUGCCGUACUUAGUUCCCCCACGCCGCUACGGGCAACUCUAACCAUCGGGUUGCCGGUUGCGGAACGCUCCCUCCCGCCUAGGUACGGCUCGUCUCAACGCCAAUAUACCCGCACUCCGAGCGUACACCCCGCUAAACUUCAACCUCACUCCUUUACGUUCGUGGCCAGCUUGGUGAUACAUCAUCUUUCGAAGUCUUGAUCCUGGGCGGAACGCUAACUUCGAAUACUAUGAGGAACAUGGACGGCCGAAGAGACACCGCAAGAUACCCACGUCAUCACCUGCAUGGGCGAUAUCGGUGCCUCGACGGUGUGACUCUCACGGCGUAGGGCUGAACACGUUGGCAUGUGGGACUGUUUCCCCCAGAUGGUACUUAUCCAUCGCUUAUUCGAUUGCCCAGCUUCAAUAGAAGCUCUCAUCCCGACGAACACACAUGUCAAAUGAUAGCCAUCUUCCAUUUGACAACCAAAAGCCUGAACUUGCGGCGUUCACCAUCUUUGGGAUUGGCUCAUGAGCGAGAUCGUCGGACAUUCUCCUGACCAGCCACCCUCCAACAAGAAGACUGGCUCUACACCAUCCUCCUCUUCCUCUCUGUGUCAUACAGCCACAGUGACAACGAUGAUCGAUAUGCCCACUCAACGGCUCGAAGUCCAACUAUAGAGACCCGACCGAAACGGGGCGGCGCAACUAUCUCUCAGAAGUGGCCAAUGGUCUUAUCCUAAUAUCUGACAUACUAUGUAGAUAUUUUAUCAAUGAGUGGCAGGCCACAGCGGGCAAGCCGCGCAACGCCCCGCCGUUCAGCUGGGAACAGUUGUGUGCGCCAGCAAAACCGCGCUCCCGAAGGCUGACGUGACCAAGCACCGGGUCUCUCUCGUCUCACUCAGUUCCAUUGCACAUCGUUGAUCGCUUCAAUGAUCGAGGGGUCAUCAUACUGUACAUGGGUGAUCACGGUCGACUCUUCGAGUGCCUAUUCUGUCCUUGCCCAACGUUUGAUACUGAUUCACACCAUGCAGACUAGAAUACGAUGAGAAUUUUGCCAGUGGCCCUCGUCUUCAGCCGAUCAAUCUGCUGAAAUGCCGAACACGCCCGGCCAGGAAGAGGUCCAUUCCUUCAGGGAUUGGGCUUCUAAUCCUCACACGCCCACACGAGGCAGUCCCGUGCCCAACGAAACCGGGAAUCACUUCUCCCAACACCACGAGCACCGACCAGAUAGCGGACAGACUGCUUAUGGAAAUACCCAAUAUGACGCUGGAUACGGUGAUGGACUCGCUACACCAUACAGCGUCUACGACGUUUCUCCGCAUCCAGAUGCCUCAGUUGUCCCUCCUGAUUCGAUCUAUCAGCGGCAUGAUGAUGAGACCGAACUCCUACAGGAAAGUCAAUGGCAACAGCAGGCCAAAGGCACAUUCAAGCCAGUCAACUUAUCAACUGUUCCCUUGACUUCACAGAGUCUGGAUUCCCCUCCUGUCAUCAGGAGUUCAACAGCUCGACAGUCCCAACAAAGGCCCUCCAGUUGCGCCUGCUGGCCAUGGCGAUGGAGGAAAUCAUGGAACAUGUACCUAUGCCUACUCUUUGGCGUUGCAUGUGCUGCUUCCCAUCACUUUUACUACUUGUCUCUCGACGGGCGGCCAGCCACGGACCAAAUCAAGAUGAUGCGCUAUGGAACGAUGUUAGCCUUCGGAGCGAAAGCAGGCCUAAGCGCCGCGGUCAUCGUGGCUUUCAGACAGCGGGUAUGGACAACGGUCCGAAAACGGUUCAUGACCGUGGGCGCCUUGGAUGCCUUGUUCUCGGCUACGGAGGACUUACAGGCUGUGACGAGUUGGGAGAUGGUUCAAAGCGCAAAAGUGGCGGCGUUGCUAGCGGCAUAUGUCUGGCUGGCACCACUCGUGGUAGUCCUUACUUCCAACACGCUUCUUGUCGUUCCCAGGAAGAUGACAAUCUUAACCUCGUGUCCAGAAGUGCGGACGCUGAAUCUCACAUUCGAAGAGACCUACGAGUGGCGGCAACCUCCAAAAAUCGACCGGCUAUUUGAGAUUCCUCUGUCUCUGUGGAAUACCACCAAGGAACCAGAGAAUGACACUCCCGGAUGGUUCGAUUACUACACCGCACCCAGCCCUAGUUUCCAGAAUACAGCCACUAUUGGCUCCUUUCUCGAAGAGGCCGUCAUGAGAAGGAACGCACCUAUCGAAACCUGCGGGACUGGUUGGAACUGCUCUUUCGAGAUCCAAUUCGUUGCCCCAGCCUACAAGUGUACCGAACUGGGCAAUGGGGUUGAUUCCAUUGUCAACAACCUAACUCAAGAGUCCGGAAGUAUUGCGCCGCCCUUCAACAUGGACGUCCUCCUUCCCAGGGGAAAAUUCACCUACUACGCCUUCACCAGCGGCGGCGAAUACUCCACCACGCAAAUGAAAGAAGUCGGCAUCGGCGGCCGACCAACAACGGACCCCCCCUUUCCCAAACACCUCGGCGCCUUCCGCACCGAGCCCAUCAUCUGGCUCGGCUACGUCACCCUCGCCGACGCGCUGGCCAAGGCCAACGACAUCAGGGGCAACCUUCCGUCGGUGCCCUCCAACCCCUCCGACCCAGCCUGGAACACGUCCUUCGUCCCGCACAUCUUCGCCUGCGAGAACUACGAAUCCAACUACACGGUGCGUAUCAACUACACCGGCGCCGCCCAAACCACCACCGUGACCAACGUGACCUACCUCCGCCCCGUCAUCAACACAACUUACACCCCGCACAUCGACGCCAACGACGGCACCGCCGACAACGUCACCGCUACGCCCACCGACAACUACAUCCUCCCCACUUCGGUCCCGCAAUACCGGCGCACAGCCGCCUACCACUCGUUGGGGUUCAUGCUCCGCGACCAGAUCAACGGCACGGUGGGCAUCGGCGACGACCGCGACCUCGUCAACCCCAUCGCCAACACCAAAGCCAUCCAGACGUCGCGCCUCCUCGAUUUCGGAAACAACUAUUUCCCGUACCCGGACAUCCAGCGGCGGAUUCAAAAGUUUUAUGAGGACAUUAUCCUUUCGGUUUUGGGACAUCCCCAGUUUGCCAGCGUGGUCUGGGCGGCGAAGUCCGGGGAACAGUCAGGCGUGACGUUUGAUGCGCCGGACGCCAACCAGCCAUCGCUGUUGACCACGGACCAGCAGAGAGCUUAUCUGUACCCUUGCACCAAGUUUCGCAUGGCGCUCGUGUACAAGUUUAAUGCAAGGUUGUUGUGGAUCGUGUAUAGCAUCUCGAUUGCCCUGGCGGUCAUGGGGGUGGUGGUGGGUGCGCUGGCGCUGAGGGAGAAUGGUGCGGUGGUAAGGGAUACCAAGUUUUCGAGCAUCGUGGCGGCGACGAGGGGGAGUGGGUUGGGGAGGGCGAGAUGGACUGAUCGUUUCGAUGGUGGUGCUUCGGGUGGGGGUGAUACAGUGCCGGAGGAGGUUAAGGGGUGGAGGAUGGGGUAUGGGGUUGUUGAUGCUGGAGCUGGUGAUGGUCGGCUGGAGGUGGUAGACGGAGCGGGAGGACGGACGGUGUAUGGGUUUGGGUUUGAAGGGGAUGUGAGGCAGUUGAGGAGGACGCCGAGUUUAGUACAGUUGACGACGCUGGGGAAGUAGGCUUGAUAGGUACGCAAGUGUUUCCAGUACCGUUUCUAGUCUUUCCUUUUUCUCGUGUCGGGCCAUGAAUCGUGGUUGGGUACCGGCAGCAGUCUCCAUCGUGGUCGUGCUGCAAUGGUAAGUUGCAGUCAUGUAUGUAACCAUGAAUGACACUCUAACCACAGCAUACCUAGCCAGACAGCCUCCCAUCCCAGCCCUACUCACUCACAUGCGCGCAUGUUGGUAGGCGCUCACACACAAAGUGCUGUUCCGAAUGGCUUAAACUUUGCAUUCCCUAUCUAUUUCUCGGUAUCAUCCUGUUGUAUCUAUCCCAUAUCUCCGCUCUUUAUUCAAAGUUGCUUGGUGAUGGUGGCCAGGAG